AUUUGAAACACACACCCACAUUUUGGGACAGACUAACAGAGACUGCAAGACACUCAGUGUGGGAGAGGGCACUGAAAACGAUCCAAUCCUGUUGUAUAGAAACUAAUAUCAGCAGUUCCGUAUGAAUGAACCAAGAUUUUUAGCAUGGAGCUGGAAAUGCCAGACCAACUGCAAGGAUCUUCAUCUGAGGCAUCCCAACAAAACGAUACCUGGGCCGUCGUACAAAGCUUUCUUUGAAUUUUCUGCUAUCUGCAACCAGAUUCUGCAAUAUGGGUGCAAAAAUGAGCCUGCUAGCAUCACAGGUAUAGUUGUGGCAUGUAUCUGCUUCUUUGUUCCUGCUUUCUCAAUGCCAAGUGAAAUCCGGUCAGCCGAGCAAAGCAUUGCACUCUCGGUUAACAUGUUUUUCGCCUUCUCUAUUGCUCAAUUGUUUCUUCCUGUGCUUUCCCCCAUGAAAUGUGGCUUGUUCAUCUUCUUUGCGAGUUUUGUGGCAAUUAUGACUUCUUUAUUUAUUCCUUUCUUGCCUGAAAGAAAGCACGUACCAAUUGAAGAGAUGUAUAAAGUGUGGAAAGAACAUUUGUUUUGGAGGAAAUUCAUGCCUGUAGAUGAUCACCGAGCAAAUGUCACCUCCAAUGGAGAACCUUAUUUCAGGCAUCCAACCGGGAGGCAUUUUGUGCUAAAGCUUCAGAGUAUCGUUUCUCCAACUCGAAACAUGUAAACUGCCGUGGAGAGUAAUUUUUUUUAAAAAAAAUGUCUUAUUAAUUUGUUCAUGUCAUUUUUGUAAUAUAAUUGACGUGUUGUUAAAUUUUCAUGUCAUAUUAAAAGUGAAAAGAUUCAUAU